AUGGCGAUAGCGCAGCACCAGGCUACCCUCGAGAUACUGUCCAUCGACUUUGGUAAGAGGUCAGAGUGUAUUUGGACUGCAGAUGACAUCUCUUCCGUGACCCAAACCUGCAUCAAGCUACGACAACUAAGUCUGGUCAUGGGCCAAAUCGAUUUGAGUUCCGGUGGUCCCUCGUUCUUUCGGCGCUGGAAUAAGCCCUUCGAUCAUCAAACCGCCUUAUAUGUAACACUCCGGAAGAUCGCGGUGUUGACGAACCUCGUUACCCUCCAUUUGCGAAGACUGCCGGAAGUUUCGCUAACACAUGCCAAAAGCUACCCAGAAAACCAUUAUAUGUCUGAUUACCAGGAGGCCGAGCUUCGACGAUUAAAAGAGGCUUGCAUGACCCAGUGCUUCUCUGGCUCGCAUCUCAGAGUAAUGGCGUGGGGCGGUGAGGAGAUCUGUGGGCUCAGGACCAACCUCCACGACUGUGAAGUGUGGAGUAACAUGCUCUGCUGUACUAAGGAGGAGCUAACGGACAGCCGUGGCAGCAGGCAAGCUAUAGCCAUGAAGACGAAAAAGGAGAAGCUGAAGUACGUUGAGCCUGAGGUAGAUGUGUUAGGUGUGGCAUUCCAGCAGACGAUUUGA